CCGAAAUGGGGUUGUCGCAAUUGCUCAAUAUUGGGUACCCCUCUCGACACACCACCUGGUCGGCCAUUUUAGAUCAGGAAGUUCAUAGCAUGGGAAAUGUACAUCAUGUACUGUACAUGUACGUAGCACUAUGCCAUGGUAUCGUACGUGUCGAGUGGUCUACGGUGGUGCGUGAUUUAGUGCAUUAACCACCCAGACAAUUUCCGGGUUCAAAAAUAGGCGGAGGUUUUAUUCGUUUGGGAUAGGCCAAGUGUUUUGUACCGUGUAUAUUAUUUGAAAGAUUCGAAAUGUUGGAGACAAGUUUACGGCUCGGAAAGUCCUAGUUUUGUUUGCUUGAGAUCUGAAUUUUUACAGAUUCCAUAGUGGGCUGGGUGAGCGAUAGUCUACAUAAAGAGAAACUAAACUACCACCACUAUGCCUCCCCCACCACCCCCUGCCCCAGCCCCCCCACCCCCACCCCCAGCCAACAUGAGCGGGCCUCCUCCACUCAGUAAGAAGGCACAGAAGGACCGAGGAGCAUUGCUGACUGACAUCCACAAAGGAGCCAGACUCAAAAAGACGGUCACAAACGACAGGAGUGCACCAGUCCUAGCACCUGAGAAGAAACCCGCUGGUGGUGGAGGGGGCGGAGUCGGCAGACCAGGAGGAGGAGGGAUGGGAGGCGGUGGAGGAGGGGGCGGUGGAAUGAGUGGGGGGAUGGGUGGACUGUUCAGUGGUGGAAUGCCACAGCUUAAGAAGACGGGCAGAUUUCCAGCAGGAUCAGGUGCCAAGGAUAGGAACACCCCUGCAAGUAAUCAUGUAGGUGGCCCCGGCCAGUCGCUAGGAAGUAGACAGUUUGGUUCUCAGCCUCCGCCUCCACCCCCAAGCAGAUCAGCGGGGAAUACUCAGCCCCCUUCCCAACGUCUUUCCAACAUAGGAUUACAAAACGCAGACCGGCAAGAGCCUCCCUCGCCUAAACUGCAUGGCCGGCCGCUACCCAGCCAUCCAGGGCUGCCCAGGGACUCUACCACAACACAGAACAAACCGUCUUGGAUGAAUGAUAUCAAAGGGGGGAAUUCCAGGCCUGCCUACAACUCUGGAGGGCACUCUGCUGCCCCGCCACCUCCACCUCCUCAACAGAAUAAGCCACGCCCCCCAUCAGUUGGAAACCUGCCGCCCCCACCUCCACCUGGGCGUAAUGUUCCAAACGGUAGGCAGAAAGACCAGGCUCCCCCAAGACCACCAUCAUCAUCAUCACGGCCACCAGCAUUACCACCAACGAGGCAAUCUUUGGGGCGUAUGCCACCCCCUCCCCCUCCCCCAGCGAGAGAGCCCCCACCCCCAGUACCACAGCCACCACCUCCCUCCAGGCAACCCCCUGCAGGAAGACCGGCUCCUCCCCCAAUUCCAGACCCCAUGCAGAAUGUAUCCCAAACAAAUGGACCAACCUUUGGCGGAGCCCCACCCCCACUCCCUCCAUCGAGGGCCGCAAACAGCCGACCUCCACCCCCUCCUCCACCCAGCGACAGUGGAUCCCGACCGUCAGGAUUACCGCCACCUCCCCCCCCAGCAAGGAACACCGGGCGUCCAGUCUCCAGUGGCCCAGCGCCACCUGCACCCCCAUCCAGUCGGCCGCCCCCUCUACCAUCGCGAUCUGGUCCGGCACAAAGUGCGCCGCCACCGCCACCCCCGUCAAGAGAAAGACCGCCAUCAAUCGUAGGCAGUAAUAGUUCAUCACUUGGUCCGCCUCCACCACCUCCGCCAAGUAGAGGUACACGGGCUUCAGGAGCACCGCAAAUUACCAACAAUAACGGAUAUGAUUCUUUUGAGAGCAGAUUUGGGUUCCGUUCAGAAAAAGAGUUUCCUUCUCCUAAGCCUUUCACACCAACGCACAAGACCUAUCCCAGCAAAACUUUAUCUAAUAGACAAAGUGUGAAACGAGGCCCGCCUCCAGAGCCUCCAUCUCAUUAACUCCAGGUGAUUUCAUCUUUGGAAUGAAAUCAAGUUUCCUGUGGGUAUAUCAGUGGCACUCCUCAUUAGGUUCAGGCCAAGACAUUCCCUGAACAAUCAACCUUAUCCUGAAAAUUUACUUGUUGCCAAAUGACAUGUGUCAUAGAACACAUGCGGUAUAGUAGGGUUUUGAGUUGGAAAGGCACUAUAGUAAAACAUUGUGGGAUUUUGCAUACCCUGCACACAAUCCUGUGGCCCAUCCUUUUGAAAAACUGAGGGUGAAUAUGUUUGCCACUUGAUGCUUGAUGUGAGGCUGCAUCCGAAUUUGUUGUCUAGAGCUACGUCUACGUCUUCGCUCCAUUGGAAAUGUGUGGAGACACGUAGACAAUAGACCUAGCCGUAGCUCUAGAAGCUCGUUUGAAAACAAAACCUUGUAUAUCUGUACACAUUCCACGGGGAACUUUAUGCAAAAGGAGUCUACCUACGAACAGUUGGUUACCAUUCAAGUCACACAGUGCAAAUCUCACAGGCCAUGUGGCUUGGAAAUGUGUCAAAUGCAGAAAAUCUUUGUUCGACCAAACAGCAGGUUUCCAGGCCAAAAUGUCAUGUGAUGUAGAUGUGAAUUGAUGGCUACUACUUAUACCAGCUUGCUAAGUGCAAAGUUGUGGUCUUAAGAGUUACCAACUUAGCAAAAACUAGCCAAGAGUCAGUCACCACCAAUUUUACAUGUACCUCAUAUCAUGUUUUGGUCAGGUUUCUGCUUAGCAAUAGAUAUCUGGCUGGCUUGGUAAAUAUUAGGCAAUGCAACAUUUUCUGAGAUCAGCCCACUUCUUGUUUGUUGGGUUGUUGUUUUUUUCCAAGUCAUUCAUGGACUUGCUAUAAUAAAUUGAAAAAUGCUGUACAGAGUAUUGCACAGUUUUCCUCUUUUUUUGAGGGGGGUUCAUUGCUCCCAGAAUUUCCACUUGUGUGUCUGGAUCAUCCAUUUGCUAUUUCAAUGAAAUAGGCCUGUGAGGUUUGCCAAGCACCCUCCAAAAUGACUUGACGGUGCCCGUUGUCCUAACACUGGCCACAGUCUCGCACUAUAAUCACGACACUGUGAUCAAGAGGACAGGAAGGAAACGUAAGAGUUGUCCUCUCCAAAAAAUCCAAGCCAAACCCCCCCCAUAAGUGGCAUCCAAUUCUGCUUGCAGGCAUAAAGAUGGGCAAGGUCUUUCAUUGAAGGCAGGCAGGAAGUCUGUAUUGUCUACCCUACUUAAACCAACAAAAAUGUGGAGUAUUUUUCUUCGUUACUACUUGUUAUUAAAGCAUUGGUCAAAUGCCUUGUCCAGUAAAAUGACCAUUUAGAAGUAAGAAAUGAUUCUGUAUGUAUAAACUUAGCCUUUUGUUACUCCUUGUGGCUAUUACGUUUAUUUCUAUUCCAUUAUCUAUUUUUUUUUAUUGGAUCCAUGAUUUGUAAAAUCCUUCAUUGAGAAUGUUUCAAGGAGAGGACAUCAAAUGAGUAUUUGGCCCUCUGAUAGUUUCAGAAUGGCCAUUCUUGUGGCGGAUAUCCUUCAUGAGAUGUUUGCAGCGUAUUUUGAUCCUAGAGAAUCAUGACCCUGGCCAUUCUAAUACGGAACAUUAGUACUUGGGAAUGUUAUCACUCAUUUAAAGUGACGUUACAAGCUUUAUCUCUUGUGGAAAUGCCAUCAGGAUUUUCCCCGCAACAGAGAAAAAGAUUAAUAGUAAAUGCAAUUGAUACCAAAUGUGUUUGAUUUAAAAAACUGCUCCAAUUAUGAAUUAAUACUAAACUGAACAUUUAAUUUCAGUGUUUAGGGUUUUUUUUCACAAAUGAACAUGCAACUUGAAGUCUGCACAGAAUCGUCAGUGAUGAGAAACAUUCUAUAUUGUAAACAAAUUGCUGGUUUUGCAGAGGGCAUCUGGUGUAUGAUUUUUUUUCUAUCAUUUUGCAUUCAUUUCUGUGGCAUUUUUUCCGAGGAAUCAUCCAGUCAUAAGGUUUACUUUGUAAAUAUGGAUAUACAAGACAAGAUGCUAGAAUAUUGUAACUUAUCUGUAUAGUCUUGUACAUGUAUACUGCUCAAAAGCAAUUUGGGAAGAGGUUGGAACUGCAAAUCACCCAAACCGUAUGCAUCAAUUAAGAUGUCAUGAGGAAAUUUAUAGACUGGGGAUUCCUUCUCCAACAUUUGACUGAAAGGUCUACAUUUUACCAUUUACAAGUAUUUGAAAAUUAUUGCCUAGGUUUUGCAGUAUGAAAGGGCAUUGUAAAAAGUUUGUGCUGUUUGUCAAGAUGGCGACAGAUUUAAAUUUCUGGCCAUUUCCCUUCCUCGCCCCUGAUUGAAAGCCGUCAGGAAAGGUUUGUAGGUUCAUGACUGACAUCCUUUCCAAACAGUAGCGAAGUCUUUUACAAAAGUGAGUAAUCUAGCCAGAAAUUGUCUCACUUGAUAACUAUUGAAAGUAUUUUGUUCAGAGGUGAAGAAAACGGUUCCAAAGUACUCCGGCUUUUAGUCAGUUUGAAUCAAAACUUGAGUUCAGUUUGGUUUUGAAGUUUUCCCUGACAUUGCCAGACGUCAGAAGUUCCAAAGCAUUUGUGGUAUACAUAGCAGGAAUAAUAAAAUGUUGCUAAUUAAUGUUUGACCUUAUCACCGGUACCCUCCUGUUAAAUGCAUUUUCUGUGCACGACUAAGUACACCGGUGAAAAUGAGUCUGCGCAUAAUAAGCCCAGUAUUGCUACAUAUUCAAGAACCCAGAGAGUUUUUGUUAUUUCAUAGUAUUAAAUAAAUGCAUUUGGGUUAGAAAGGGCAGUUGAAUCUUGAUAAACAAUUAUGUAAAGUUUAAAGACAAGACAAAAGAUUUGUCUGGAAAAUAAAAAGGCUAUGAACUGUGCAUAUUGUAUCUAAUUUUUUUCUGAUAUUUGUAUAGUAAUUGACUCAAGAAAGAAAACCCUUGUAUUAAACAUUUAAAUAAAUUUAAAUGCAAAAAAGUUACCAAGGGGAACUGUAUUUUUGGCUAUGCAUAAUUGCGUAUUUGAGAUGACUUCCUAAUAUAGACUUAAUGGUACAUUCUAGAUAGGCAACUGUAUUGUGUAAAAUAGGAAGAAAAAAAGUCACCCUUUUUUGAUUUAUAUUAUCAUAGAAAAAACUCUUUGUACAUGGUCCUUUUAUCUGUUGUUUGUGUGAUUAACAGACAAGUGGCGGCAAUUAUGGAAUAAACAAUGGAUAAUUCCGAGAUCAAACCAUUUUGCAGCCAGUGUGCAUUGUAAUAUGGUUGCAUUCCCUA